UCAUCGGUUUUCGUAUGUUAGGACUGCUCAGUGCUCACCUAGCUGAAACCUAUUUCCUUGAUUUAGCUUUUCAACUCUCUUCUCCAAGUAUUCAAAUUAGGGUGCUAACAAAUUUAAAUACGAUCAUUGAAUUUCAUUUUCAGUCCUCCUUUCUUUUUCUAUUUUAUCAAUAUUUACUCCUCGUUUUCAAUUUUUCCACAUUUCUUUUCAGUAUUAAAAAAAUUAAUUAACUAUUUCCGAAUAUUAUUAAAUUAUCAAUUAAGAAACAUACUAAUAAAUCUUCUUCUCUCUCUCUCUCUCUCUCUCUCUCUCUCUCUCUCUUCUUCUUCUUAAUAUUUCAAGCUCGCUAACAUUUCGGCUGUGUUUAUGGUGCUCAGUCAGAACCUGCAGCUUCCCAGCUACUUCCCCAUUAACUAAACUAAAACAGCUUUCACACCGCACACAUACACAAAAACAUAAACAGAACCGCCUGUUUUCCACCAGUUUCCCCCUGAUUUCACUUACCAAGCUCUAACCUUUCCAAGAUCUGUUUGUUUCUUCUUGGAUCGAUUCAGCAUGAUUUCCUUCUAAGACACUAUCAAGAGUGUUGAGAUCUGUUGAGAAGUGCUGGUUUUGAUUUUCCUAUUCUAUUGGGAUAAAAAUGGUUAUGGACUCAUGGUGGUUUCGUAAUAUAUGGAAAUCAUCUGGGAAGGAACCUGAGAAACUGGUGAUUGGAGUUUUAACGUUUGAAAUUGCGAGUUUGAUGUCCAAGGUAGUUCAGCUAUGGCAUAGCCUUAAUGAUAAACAGGUAGUUAGGUUAAGAGAAGAUUUAAUGAAUUCAGUCGGUGUAAGGAAGCUUAUUUCAGAUGAUGAUGAAUACCUUGUACAGUUAGCAUGUGCAGAGAUAAUUGAAAACUUAGGAUUUUUAGCGAGAUCUGUAGCUAGGCUUGGGAAAAAGUGCAGUGAACCCAUAUGGCAAAGAUUAGAUAACGUUUUUGAUGAUCUUGUUAAGAAUGAUGUAGGCAAUUUUGAGUGGGAAUUCACAUGGAAGAAGAUGGAUAGGAAAGUUAAGAAAAUGGGGAGAUUCAUUGCUCUUAGCUCGAAUUUGUACCAAGAACUUGAAGUUCUUACGGAGCUUGAACAGUCUCUUAGAAGAAUGCGAAACAGUGAUGACCCUAAUGCUGGGACUGUUCUCGAGUUCCAGCAGAAAGUUGUUUGGCAGAGGCAGGAGGUCAAGAAUCUACGUGAGAUGUCUUUGUGGAACAAGACGUAUGACUAUGUCGUCCGUCUUCUAGCUAGAUCAUUGUUUACCAUUUUCGGGAGGAUCAAACAUGUGUUUGGAAUACAUCAUACAGCUGCUAUAGGGGGAACCUAUGAUUUGGGAGCUGCAAAAACUAAUCCAUUGUCCCGUAGUCACUCUGUUUCAGUGUAUCCAUCUGAGAAUAACUUAACUAGGUUUUCUUCAGGUCCUCUUGGGAGGUCAGCCACGAAAUCUGGGCCUCUUAGUAGAUCAAUCACCAAAUCAGGACCAAUCUCUAGUACAUAUGUAACAAAUAUGCAAAGGCGGAUGGGUGAUCAUUCCUCAAACCUUCGCGGGAAGCAUUUGCGUUCAAAAACCAAAAGAUUGCCUCCUGUGGGACCUUUCAAAGGGUGCAUGAUGGGUGGAGAUGAUACUCCUGUACUGCAGAGUUGCACACCAAUAAUCAAUGGGUCACCUAUGUCAAGUGGUGUUCGUUCUGGAAUUCUGAAUGGGACGUCAGUUGAACCUACCCCCCAAAGUAAUACACUUCAUUCUAACCUUAUCUUUUUUAAUUUCAAGUGCAGACGGUUGAAUCCUCCGCCUUCAACUCUUGGUGGUUCGGCUCUAGCUCUUCAUUAUGCGAAUGUUAUUAUUAUCAUCGAGAAGCUUGUCACAUCUCCCCACUUGAUUGGUCCUGAUGCGAGGGAUGACCUUUAUUAUAUGUUGCCCACAAGUAUAAGAGCAGCUUUGAGAGCAAGACUCAAGUCUUACGUGAAGAGUUUGGCUUCAUCUAUUUAUGAUACCGAUCUUGCACAUGAAUGGAGUGAAGCAUUGUCAAGGAUACUAGAUUGGUUGGGUCCACUUGCUCAUAACAUGAUAAGGUGGCAAUCCGAACGAACUUUUGAGCAGCAGCACAUGGUUUCACGGACAAAUGUGCUGUUGGUACAGACCCUAUAUUUUGCAGAUUUGGAAAAGACAGAAGGUGCAAUUACGGAGCUUCUAGUGGGUCUAAAUUACCUUUGGAAACUUGGGAGAGAGCUUGAUGCAAAAGCGUUAAUAGAGUGUGCUAGUACUGGAGCAUAUGAUGAUUAUCUGGAGGCCAAAGGAUAAUGUUGAUUCAAUUGAUUUGCACGUGAGUUUAAUAUCACCUACAGGGUGGCAAGUGACAGUACUAGACUAGAGCUGUAGUCUCAUGAAAUGUCAGACCUAGCUCCGCUAAAUGCACAAUCUGGAGCAGGAAAUGUCAACUUGGUCAACUGUGCAGCCCUACUGAUUCUUUUCUACAGUCAAGAAUUUUUGCUGGAGUUGGUCUUAAGGUUCAACGUUCAGCACUUCUGUAGGCAAGACACGAGCUUAAUAUCCAUUUGGCCAUUUCAAUUGGCUUUUGUUGUAAAGCAUGUCAGACCUUGUACCAUUAAGUCCUCGGUUUGGUCAUUUGAAAUUUAAUGUCUGUAAAUUUACCGUAUAAAUGCUUUUCUUAAUAUAUUGUUUGAGAUGUUUUUGCUCA